UGCCCCACAGUCUCCAAAUCACUCCUGGAAGACAGCGGCGGGAGGCACACGGCCAGCUCCUCGAGGCGGGGAGAGAUGCUGGACGCUGGGGACCAAAGCCUGCCCUGCGCUUAGGCCUCCUCCAGCCGAUGCUGCCAGGGAUCACUGACCUGCUGGCCGCCAGGGCCCGAUCCCGGGAGGCCCUCCUCCUGACUUGCCGACGUCACUCAGCUCCAGGCUGCAGAGAAUUCGGGAAGGUCGCAGAGCCAACAUGGAUCCCAACAGCGAUCAACCCCUGAACAGCCUUGAUGUCACCCCCCUGCGCAAAUCCCGCACCUCCCUGGAGACCUUCAGAAAGGUGGGGAUCCCCAUCAUCGCAGCAUUGGUGAGCCUGCUGACCAUCAUAGCCGUGGCUGUCCUCAUCAAGGUGCUUCUGGACAAUUACUUCCUCUGUGGGCAGCCCCUCCACUUUAUCCCGAGGGAGCAGGUGUGUGACGGCCAGCAGGACUGUGCCUCAGGGGAGGAUGAGCAGCACUGUGUCAAGGAAUUCCCCGAUGGGCCUCCAGUGACAGUCCGCCUCUCCAGGGACCGAUCCACCCUGCAGGUGCUGAACCUGGCCACAAAGAACUGGGCCUCCGCCUGUUUCGACAACUUCACAGAAGCUCUGGCCAAGACAGCCUGUGGGCAGAUGGGCUAUGACAGCAGCAAACCCAUCUUCAGAGCCGUGGAGAUUGGCCCAGCCCAAGACCUGGAUGUUGUUAAAAUCACAGAGCACAUGCAAGAGCUUCAGGUGCGAAACUCAAGCGGCCCCUGUCUCUCAGGCUCCCUGGUUUCCCUGCAGUGCAUUGCCUGCGGAAAGAGCCUGAAGGUCCCUCGGGUGGUGGGUGGGGAGACGGCCUCUGUGGAUUCUUGGCCUUGGCAGGUCAGCAUCCAGUAUGACAAACAGCACAUCUGUGGAGGGAGCAUCCUGGACCCGCACUGGAUCCUCACGGCAGCCCACUGCUUCCGGAAGCAUCUCGAUGUGUCCAACUGGAAGGUGAUGGCAGGCUCAGACAAACUGGGCAACUUCCCAUCCCUGCCUGUGGCCAAGAUCUUCAUCAUCGAGCCAAACAUCACGUCCCGCAAAGAGCGGGACAUGGCCCUCGUGAAGCUGCAGCUCCCACUCACGUUCUCCGACACAGUCAGGCCCAUCUGCCUGCCCUUCUCUGAUGAGGAGCUCCCUCCAGCCACCCCACUCUGGAUCAUCGGAUGGGGCUAUACAGCAGAGAACGGAGGGAAGAUAUCUGACAUACUGCUGCAGGCAUCUGUCCAGCUCAUUGACAGCACUCGGUGCAAUGCAGAGGAUGCGUACCAGGGGGAGGUCACCAAGAAGAUGCUGUGUGCAGGCAUCCUGGAGGGCGGUGUGGACACCUGCCAGGGUGACAGCGGUGGGCCUCUGAUGUAUCGCUCUGACCGGUGGCAAGUAGUGGGCAUCGUGAGCUGGGGCUAUGGCUGUGGGGAGCCGAGCACCCCGGGAGUGUACACCAAGACCACAGCCUAUCUCAACUGGAUCUACAAUGUCCGCAAGAAUGAGACUAUCAGACAUUUUCCAGAGAACUGAUUCUGACAAGAAGUCUGAUCCAUGAUGCUGCUGCCCCCCUGCAGUGCUGGAAACUGCUUCCCCCCACCCCACCCUGUCCACCUGGGCAUCCCCCAGAAGUCAGGCACAGAGCAAGAGCCCCCUUGGACACAUAUCUCUGCCCACACCCUCAGCAUAUCUUGGUACAGCAAAGGACCUCCAUUCCUGUAAGAGACCCCACAGCCCACAGGCACCCAGGAAGUCAGCAGCCCCAGCUCAGCUGCCUCUGAUGCUCCCAGCAUCCCAAGGUGGGAGAGACACAGCCCACUGAACAAGCCAGCUUCCAGGCUGAGGUCUCAGAAGGCAUUGCUAAGCCAGGAAAGAACUUUCUACUCUACUGAAUGGAAACCGAUGCUCUUCUGAGAGCCCAGAUCAAUAAUAGAAAUCCUCAAAGGCCAAAAACAUCAAAAUAAAAUAAAACAAAACCAUCAGAA